AUGUCCAUCUUCGUCGUGCCCGACGACAAGCACUUCUCGAGUGCUAGUUCAAUAGACGAGAAGCUAGAGAGAGAAAAGGAGGAUAGUGAGAAACAAGUAUACGCCCUCCCUGUUGAUACAUUUGAUGACCCGAACCUCGACGACGAUGAAACGGACCUCGAGGAUGACUCGCCAUACCCAGAAGUACGCUCCGCGGUAGCGAACACUGACGACCCCGACAUGCCUGUUUGCACAAUACGAGCCUGGACGAUUGGCAUUGUAUGGUCAAUACUCAUACCCGGCCUCAACCAAUUUUUCUUUUUCCGAUCUCCAUCGAUCACUGUCACCGCUCUCGUCGCACAAUUACUCUCAUUUCCCGUCGGAAGACUAUGGGCGCGGAUUGUUCCUUGCGUCACAAUUUUCGGCCUGCCCUUGAAUCCCGGCCCAUUCACAAUGAAGGAGCACGUUUUGAUAACGAUCAUGGCGAAUGUGGGGUAUCAAUCUGCGUAUGCUACGGACGUCGUCGCUGUACAGCGCGUGUACUACAACCAGAUAUGGAGUUUCAGCUAUCAAUGGAUGCUCAUGAUGUCCACGCAACUGAUCGGCUUCUCUAUUGGUGGGGUGUUCCGUCGCUAUCUCGUGCAGCCGCCGUCGAUGAUCUGGCCUACCAACCUCGUCACUUGCGCCUUGUUCAACACGCUCCAUUCGCAACAGUAUGCCGGCAUUGGCAACCAUGGCGGUUUGUCUCGGGAACGGUUCUUCACAUAUGCCUUUAUAGCGGGCGGGUGUUGGUACUUCUUCCCGGGAUACAUAUUUCAGGCGCUCAGUGUCUUCACCUGGGUAUGCUGGAUAGCGCCGGAUAACGUUGUUGUGAACCAGCUCUUUGGCUACGAAUCCGGACUUGGUAUGUCGCUUAUCACCUUUGACUGGACUCAAGUGAUUGCUUAUGUCGGGUCGCCGCUAGCCACGCCCUGGUGGGCAGAGGCUAACGUUGCAUUCGGAUUCGUCUUCUUCUUCUGGUUCCUGACGCCGGUCCUGUACUACACGAACACCUGGUACGCGAAGAACAUGCCAAUCUCGUCGCGCACAUCAUACGAUAACACGGGCGGGGCGUACAACGUGUCCCGCAUCAUUAAUGACGACGCGACGCUGAACCUGACGAUGUACACGAACUACUCGCCGCUCUUCCUCUCGACGACGUUUGCGGUUGCGUAUGGCCUCUCGUUCGCGAGCAUCACGUCAACAAUCGUGCACACCCUGCUGUAUUUCCGCAAGCAGAUUUGGGUGCAGAGCCGGCGAUCGCUCUCGGAGCAGCCAGAUAUACAUGCGCGCCUGAUGAAUCGAUACCCGCAGGUGCCCGACUGGUGGUAUGGCGUAGUCUUCGUGUCUAUGUUCACCUUUGCUGUUAUCUCCAUUGAGGCGUGGAACACACAGUUCCCUGUGUGGGCCCUGAUCCUGGCCCUAGUGAUUUCUUUCAUCUACACGGUACCGUGUGAUCGUGUCGUUACGGAGCUCAUCAUCGGCUACGCACUACCUGGCAGACCGCUGGCAAUGAUGAUGUUCAAGACGUGGGGCUACAUCAGCAUGUACCAGGCGCUGCAGUUCGCCUCAGACAUGAAGCUCGGGCAUUACAUGAAGAUCCCGAAGAUUGUCCUCAUUUUACUGUCUCCUACUAGCCCUCGUCCAAUGUUCUGGGGUCAGGUAGUUGCUACGGUUAUUGCCGGUACUGUUCAGUUGGGUGUCCAGUCCUGGAUGUUCCACAACAUUCCGGAUAUGUGCACACCCAAUCAGAAAGACGGCUUUGUCUGUCCAUCGACCGAGGUUUUCGGCACGGCCUCCAUUGUGUGGGGGGUGAUCGGGCCAUCACGACAGUUUACUUCAGGCCAGAUCUACCAUGGACUUGUCUUUUUCUUCCUUGUUGGCGCGUUUUGUCCGCUGAUCUCAUACUUCUUCUCGAUGCGGUGGCCAAAUUCCAUCCUGAAAUAUGUGAACUUCCCCGUCAUCUUCAAUGGACCGACACAGAUUCCGCCAGCCACGGCAGUCAAUUACGUGCCAUGGACGAUAGUUGGUUUCAUCUUCAACUAUGUCAUCCGUCGUCGCCAUUUCUCGUGGUGGACGAAGUAUAACUAUAUUCUGUCGGCUGCUAUGGACUCCGGUGUUGCUGUGGCCAUAAUCCUGAUCUACUUCUGCCUGCAAUACCCGCAGAAUGGAACAAUCGGCCAGAACACAAUACAGACAUGGUGGGGCAAUACCGUGUUCAAAAACACUGCGGACUACAAUUACACUUCAUAUUACAGAACGAAUGGUACUUUCGGCCCGAAGCACUGGUGAUGGGCUCGCCUUGGGAUGUAUCUUUUAUAUUAUCUAUAACGUCAUGCGGGCGUAUCUGUUUCGUUGUAUCUGCAUACCCCUAAUCUCGCUAGAUUUUGCUGUUGUACUUUUGUAGGUGGAUUUAGGUGUGCGGGCUUGGAAGAGGCAUGUAGUGUAUCUGUAGAUUAGUAUUACUGACGUUAGGAAUUUACACAUUGAUUAUCUGG